AGCCGUUUCCUCCAACGACGCAGCUAAUUGCGAAAGUGCGAAUUCCCCAAGAUGCCGGCCAACUCGGAGAAACAGCACUUGUCCAUCGUGAUCUGCGGUCAUGUUGACAGUGGCAAGAGCACCACUACAGGACGUCUGAUUUUUGAGCUGGGCGGCCUGCCCGAGCGCGAGCUUGAGAAGUUGAAGGCGGAGGCAGAUCGAUUGGGCAAGGGCUCCUUUGCUUUUGCGUUCUUCAUGGACAGGCAGAAAGAGGAGCGCGAGCGCGGUGUGACCAUCUCUUGCACCACCAAGGAGUUCUUCACGGAGAAGUGGCACUACACCAUCAUUGACGCGCCUGGUCACCGGGACUUCAUCAAGAACAUGAUCACCGGUGCCUCCCAGGCCGACGUGGCGCUGAUCAUGGUGCCGGCCGAUGGCAACUUCACCACGGCGAUCGCCAAAGGGAACCACAAGGCCGGUGAAAUCCAAGGCCAGACCCGGCAGCACUCCCGGCUCAUCAACUUGCUGGGCGUGAAGCAGAUCUGCAUCGGUGUGAACAAGAUGGACUGCGACACCGCGGGAUACAAGCAGGCCAGGUACGACGAGAUCGCGAACGAGAUGAAGAGCAUGCUCGUGAAGGUGGGCUGGAAGAAGGACUUCAUUGAGAAGAACACCCCCGUGAUGCCCAUCUCCGGCUGGAUGGGGGACAACCUGCUGAAGAAGUCCGAGAACAUGGGUUGGUGGAAGGGCCAGGACGUGGAGGUUGGCAGCGAGACCAUCCACGUGGAUACCGUGUACGAUGUGCUCGACAAGAUGUGCCGAGUGCCAGAGCGCCCUGUGAGCGCCCCCAUGCGCAUGCCCAUCUCUGGCAUCUACAAAAUCAAGGGUGUGGGUGACGUGCUGGCAGGCCGUGUGGAGCAGGGAGUGGUGAAGCCCGGUGAGGAGGUGGUGUUCUUGCCCACCCACACCGCCUCCAACCCCUGCACCGGCAAGGUUUUCACUGUGGAGAUGCACCACCAGCGCGUGGACUUUGCGAACCCCGGUGACAACGUGGGGUUGAACAUCAAGGGCCUGGACAAGAACAACAUGCCGCGGUCAGGAGAUGUGAUGGUCUAUAAGAAGGACACAACCUUGGGUCAGACCAAGGAGUUCGAUGCACAGAUCCAGGUUCUGGACAUCCCCAACGAGAUCAAGGUGGGCUACUCCCCCAUCGGCUUCGUGCGCUGCGGCCGUGCCGCCUGCCGUGUGUCCGCGCUGAAGUGGAAGAUGGGCAAGGAGACAGGUGGCAAGAAGAUGGAGGACCCCCACUCCCUGAAGUCCAACGAGAUGGCGCAGUGCAGCUUCCAGCCCCAGCAGCCCUUGGUGUGCGACACCUUCAAGAACUGCGAGGGCCUGUCCCGCGUCGCCUUCAUGGAUGGCAACGGCGUGGUGAUGCUGGGCAAGGUGGUGAGCUGUGAGCGCAAGGGGGAGGACGACAAGGGCGGCAAGAAGAAGUGAGAGUCUCGGAGUAAGGACUCAUUUUGCGAGGCACGCGGUGCCGAGAUACCAAAGUUUGUCUCAGAGUUUUGCCAUGCAGCAUAUUACAAGCCUGCAGAGCAACAUUGGCCGGAAAAGAGCGGCAUUGGCAGGGACAGUAGACACACAGGUU